GCUCCACAAACCUUUCCAUGUUGCCAUCUAGUGCAGUGCAAGGAUCAACCUAGCAAUCGGUAUAAAACGCCCGCCUCGCGCCGAGUCUUGUGGAGGUCGCAUUUAGUUAGCAGAACUGACAUCAGAAAGUGGAACAAGCAAAGUUGCAAAUGGUGAAAUCACCAUUGAAUUGGAACCAAUAAUUCGAUUCGGCUGUAUAGGUAUCCUAAUUGAAAAUUGCACAUUUUACUUCCAGAUCUGCAAGGUUGCAACUGAUCAGACCUCCGCUCCAGGCAUGGGUGUGAAGGUCCUCAAGUGCUUCUCCUGGUACAGACGCUGUAAGGAACGAUGCAAGGCUAAACAGUGCCCCCCACCUGCAGUCCCCAGAGAGGAGAUGAAGCCUCGCCUGUCGUCUACGGUGUCGUGUGGUAGCCAGGGCGAGGGCGGUAGCAGCCUGAGUGGAUCCCAGAUCUACUUCUCCACCAAGGCUCGCCUCUCCUUUAGACACCAGAUGGACAGCAACUUCAACGCAGUGGACGCAACCUGCUGAGUAAGAGCAGCCUCGACAGCCUGGGUAGUGUUCAUUAGGCAUCAAAUGAAAGAAUAUAGACUGAAUCAGGGAGGGACUACCUGGGCUUGUCCAAUCAUCAUCAUCACCACCCCGAAAAAUGAACUCUCACCCCUCCAUUAUAUGGCAGCCAUUAUUCUAGCUCAACAGAACGGGGAAUGGGGCAGAAGUUGAAUGCAAAGGACUGAGACUUCACCUACUCAGUGGUGCAUAAAUACAUCGUUCUCAACUCUCCCUUCAGAGAUGACUGUGAAAGGAGGAAUAUAUCACAGCAGAUUGAGUUCUUCACUACAGAGAAAGACUAAAUGCACUGCUAAUGUAGCUAGUGGAGGUGGAGAAAUGUAAUGUAGAAAUGUUUACAAUGUUAUCAUACUAAGUGCAUUAUUUUCCUUUUGUUUUUCUGCCCACCCUUUUUAUUUCUACGUUCCUUUUUUCCAAUGUGUGUGUUGGGGUGUAAAUUACUGGCUUGGUUUGGUCUAGGGCCAGGUAAAAGACCACAAACUGCAAACAAGUGUCUUUAAAAUACUAGCUGGAGAAUAUGAUUUGUAUGUGUUAGGGAUCCCCAUUAGCUGCUACCAAGGCAACAGCUACUCUUCCUGGAGUCCAAACACAUUAAGGCACUUAAAUCACACAUAAAAGAUAAAACAGUACAUCAUAUAACAUUAUUACACCAAUAGAUACCUACAAUGCAAAAUGUAUAAUACCACCAUACAACAAUAUCAUAAUGUACAUGUGUGGAUUGCGUGCGUAAGAAUGUAAGCACUCCCAACUUUAAAUACAGGCUUUUAAAAAAAAUAUCCUGACAGUGUCCUCACUUGCUGAGAAAAACAUGGUAACUAGAUUUGAUCAGAUUAGCUGAUAAAGACAGUAAUGAGUUUCAGAGUUUGUGCCUUUAAAAAAAACUUAAUUUAAACAUUUCCAAAGCUUUGACGAAGGCCUCGAGGCCGAUACGUAAAGUUUAAUAAAGAGCAGUGUGCGGGUUUCUUCUUUCCCCCCCUCACUUUAUUCAGCAGUUACCAAGCACCUGCAACAAAGAUAGCUCAGAUGUGCGAGAGUGCCUUUUGAAACAUUUCCAAGGUGAAAUGAAUUUUGGUGCCAGCGAUCUUCUAGUAGUGCCCUGCCUAACUGACUGAGUCUACACUUUAUUUGGCAGCAUUGCCCUCUCCAUCUCACAUGCAGCUUUUACCUUGACUGACUUCUCAUGAAAUCUUCUGGGGAACAUCAAUGAAGUGACCAGAAAGUCAACAGAUGCUUCACAUACUAGUUUAAGGACAUGUCAUCCCCCCCCCCACUUGUAAUUGUGUUGUGUUUGUAGAAAUCUAAGUUCUAGAUACAAAUUGAGAAAUAGUUGUAUGAGUGAUGAGGUAAUAGCAUCUCACUGACACCACUUCUGGGGGUUUGGUGAGAAGAAUCUGGACUUUUUCCACAUUUUGUUGUUACGACCUGAAUUUAAAAUGAAAUGUAGAUUUGGUGUCACUGGUCUUUACACAAUACCCCAUAAUGUCAAAGUGGAUUUAUGUUUAGACAUUUUUACAAAUUAAUUAAAAAUGAAAAGCUGAACUGUUCUGAGUUAAGUCUUCAAAGCAUUUGAAAUAACUUCAGGAAUACAAACAAGUCAGACAUCCUGUGUGCAAUAAGUGUAACUUUUCUUUAUGACUACCUCAUCACUGUACACCACACAUACAACUUUCUGUGAGGUCCCUCAGUCGAGCAGUGAAUUUCAACCACAAAGACAUGGGAGGUUUUCCAAUACCUCACGAAGGGCACCAAUUGGUUAGUGGCGAAAAAUAAUAAUUUGAAUAUCCUUUUGAGCGUGGGGAAGUUAUUAAUAACACUUUGGAUGGUGUAUCAAUACACCCAGUCACCAACUCAGUUGACGGAGAGGAAGGAAACCGCUCAGGGAUUUCACCAUGAGGCCAAUGGUGAUUUUAAACCAGUUGGAGUUCAAUGGCUGUGAUAGGAAACUGAGGAUGGAUCAACAUAGUACUUAUUCCACAAUACAUUUGUCAUGCCGUACACUUUCAAGAUGAUUUAAGUCAAAACUGUAACUCGGCCACUCGGGAACAUUCAAUGUCGUCUUGCUAAGUAUCGCCAGCGUAUAUUUAGCCUUCCGUUUUAGGUUUAUUGUCCUGCUGAAAGGUGGAUUUGUCUCCCAGUAUCUGUUGGAAAGCAGACUGAAAUCAGGAAUAGUAUACAAUCCAGGUUUCAAAGCUCUUGGACAUUUACCAAGAAAAAGACUCACAGCUGUGAUCACUGCCAAAGGUGAGUCAAACAUGAAUUGACUUCGGGGGUUGAUAUACUUAUCUAAAUAUUUGAUUUUCCAUUAAUAAAAAACAUUGUUUAAAUUUUCUUCCACUUUGACAGAGUAUUUUGCGUACUGUUGACAAAAAUGACAAUUUAAUCAAUUGUAAUCCCACUUUGUAACAACAAAAUGUGGAGAAAGUCAAGGGGUGAGAAUACUUUGUGAAAGCACUGUAUGCAAUCCCCAAUAAUGGUAACAAAAACAUUGAUGAUUUGCCCAAUGUUCAACCAUUUGAAUGGAAAUCAAAGAUCCCAACAUUUUACUUUAUUCUUGUUGUAAUGGGAAUGGCUGAAAUGUACUACUAACAAAUGUAAUACAACAAAUAAUUUGCAUACUAAAAUGUUUUGGUUCAUUCAUUGAGCUUAAUAUUGUGAAAUGUGCAAAUAUCUAAUGAAGAUAUUUUUCUUUCAACCUUAUUCAUUACAAAAUAUUGUAAUUGGUACAAAAAGAUGAAUAAACUGAAGACAGUCCGA